AUGACUGUGACAGCUGCCAUAGUGUUUGCGGUGGCGUUGAUAAUACCAUCAAUUGCGCCAGCUUUCUGUCCUGAUGGUAAGCUGGAAGAAAGUGAUAUCGAAGCUGCGCUUACAACAAUCAACGACAAACGAUCGAAUGUUGUAAAAGGUGAGGAUGAUAAUACAGUUGACGAAGUCAUUGACCAAUGGUAUAACCAAGGGCUUGCCGCUGAUAAUCUUGAAUCACUCAUUGAUUCCGAAAAGUCAAAGGUUGCAUACAGUGAUUCAUUUUCAGCCACCGAAUUCGCUAAUCUUAUUCGAGCUUCAACAACAGAAAUUGGCUGUGCACGAGCAUCUGGAGAUUGCGAUGAUAUCUAUGUGCUCUGCUUUACAAAUCAACCACAACUAGGGAACGGAGAUACCAUAUACGAGGUCGGAGAUGGAGCAUGUAGUGAGGCGAGCUGUGAUUCUGGUAGAUGCAACACUGGCACUGGACUAUGUGAAAUUGCCGCCGAGACCACGACAACAGCAGCAAAAGAAACUGCUACCACCAAGCCAGCCAGCUAUCCUGGAGAGCUACCCAGCGGAACCAAUACAAAGUGCUCCAGCAAUGUCGGAAUGACCGAUGAACUCAGAAUGCAAUUCCUGGACACGCAGAACUACAGAAGAAGCAUACUCGCGAAAGGCGGUCAAGUCAAAAGACCAAGCGGAAACAUUCUACCAUCUGGAGCAAAUAUCAUAAAACUGAAUUUCAACUGCACUCUGGAAGAGGAAGCUAUUCAAGAAGUACGACAAUGUCCUACAUCUAAGACACCGCAUAGCAAGUAUGGUAAAAACUUAAACACCUUCGCAUCGAGUACCGUUGUAUCAACUUACAAAGAUGCAGUAAAAAUGGCUGUGACAAAUUGGUGGAAAGUGGUUCGUACCGAAAGCAAUGGUCCAGGAAUGCAAGUGACAUUCCGUAGUAAUCAUGUGAAUCAACCUGUAGAAUCGUAUACCCAGAUUGCUUGGGCCAACACCAAAUACAUUGGAUGUGCAAUCGCCAAAUGCUCACCUUCCUACACGGUCAUAUGUCUUUAUGAUCCAAAAGGUAACAUCGUGGACCAAGUGCUUUACAUGAAAGGAAGUCCUUGUGCGGCUUGUCCUACUGGUACGACAUGCGACAGCGCUCUUGGACUCUGUGUGCCGAGAUCAUAAUUCUUAACAACUAUGACUGCUUAUUCUGCUUUUUCUUUAGAUUUUUCCUACUAUAUGGGGGCACUUUAUCUGUCCUAGUCGCUUUAGACAUUGUCUUUUACUCUUGCUAGUAAACUCUUUGUGGAGCGCUUCUUA